AUGCUGCCCAUCGCCCGGACCCGUCUGGCGACUUUCUCCGCCGCGCGUUUCGUCGCCCGCGCCAGCUACUCCUCCACCGUGCCUCGCUUCUCGGAGAACCGCAUGCAGCCCAACGACCCCAACCCGCCCACCGCCACGCCCAACGUCUCCGCCACCAAUGCCACCCCCGUCGACUCGAUGGGCUCGUGGGAUCACGCCCUCCAGGAGGAGCCCGAGGUCGGCGAGCGCACCCGUCACCUGCAGGCGCCGAACCGCGCCCGCACCUGGGCGGCCAGCCAGCAGCCGCGAGAGCAGGCCAUGACUGGGCCUCGUUUUGAGCAGACGAUAAUGGAGCUGCAGCCCCAACCCAUGGCUGCCAUCGAGCUCAUCCACAAGCAGCCCGUCCGCUGGACGAAGAAGCGCGUCGUCAGCUGCGACGGCGGCGGCGGUCCCCUCGGCCACCCCAAGAUCUUCAUCAACACCGACAAGCCCGAGAUUGCUACCUGCGGCUACUGCGGUUUGCCUUUUGCCCACGAACAGCACCGCGCAUACCUCGAGUCCCUCCCUGCCACCAGCUACCCGCUCAAGCCCGUCGGCGAUGCCGCCGAGGUGAACGAGACCCAGCGCGUCACCGAGGGUGGACUGGAGCAGCGGUAG